AGAGCGGAGCCAGAGAGGCAGGAGAGCGCGACGCGCACUCGAAGCUCGCUCGCUCCGUUGUCGUGCACCGCGCGCGGCCCGUCGCGUUUCGUUCGUCCACGGUGCGUGACGUCCCCGCGACUUUCGCACACGCCGUCCGUUGCGACGCGGGUAAGCGAGACGCCGAGGGGUGUUGUGGAAUCUGCGCCGCGAUACUCAGUGCGUCGAAUGAUGCUCGUUCUUGCCGCUGUGCUGUGAAAGAGAGAAAAAGAGAUCCUGCGAAAGAGCAGCGAGGAUUGCAGUUCGCUCGCGCUGUCUCCCGAUUCCCCGAUCGACGUUCCUCGCGAGGUCCGGUCUGUGAAGUGCGUCGGCUCGAGGAGGUGAUGCACGAGGAGGUGACGCGCGACGCGCACGAGAGGUCGGCGCUCGGUUUCGUCGCGGCGGGACCGCAGCUUCCUCGCGCGGCGGCGCGUCGUCGAUGCUGAAUCGCGCGCGUACGACACGCGGUGGUGCGCCGGUGGUGUUGCUGCUGGUGGUGUGCUCCACGAGGCGGACUCUUUCAUGACAGCUGGACGUUUGCGCCGCGAGGGUGACAGUGAGAUCCUCGAGCUCAGUUGAGCUGGGAAGAGACGAGUCUCCCGCGGCCGUCGCCGGGAGUCGGAGGGUGCGCUACGCACCGUCGGUCACGUCCGACGAGGACUACUGCGCGCAUCGGGUGGUGAUCGGUAGUGAUGCCGUGAUGGGCUGCAGCUCGGGAUCGUCCUUCCUGACCACGCUCCUCCUCGUGGCUGGAUUACUGUCGAUCGCGCUCUUCGCCGAGCUAUCCUGCGCGACACGCUUAAGACAACGACCUACGGAUUCUCCGAGAGGAGGCUCCGUGAACGAGGCUGGUGUUUUUGCGCUACGAGGCAGGCAGGAGGGUAGUCGGCGUGCCAGGCGAACUACCACCAGCACGACGAGCACAACGACGUCUAGCUCGACGUUGAUACCCUUACCUGAUGAAGUGGUACAACCCGCGGCCCUUCUGGCCCCCGAAGAGGAGUCAUGGUCCACCAGUUCUUCCACCAUGACCAACAUCGCUCUGUCCUCGGACAUGGCCGACACGUCAUCCAAUCCGCCGCUGGAGCUCGUGGUGAAGCCUCACAGUAAAGUCAUCUUACCCUGCGAACUCGAAGGAAAUUACUCGAGAUUGCUGCUGCCCGGAGCGAGAAGUUACAGAAUACGACCGGCGACAUGGCUGCACGAGGGUAGUCCAGUGGAUAUGAUCACGAUAGACACGAGAACGGAAAUGAGCGGAACCGGGCACCGGUACAUCGGCGACUCGACAACCGCGGCAUUGCACAUAGACAACGUUAGAUUAGAGGACGACGGUGUGUGGGGCUGCACGCUGGAGGACGACCGGGGGAAGAUCCUUUUCGGCAAACCGGUGAAACUGGUCGUGCUCGAGGCACCUCGUGGGACGUAUCUGCUGAUAGAUGGCCGCCGGCUGGAUCCCGGAAACCAGUUUGUGCCGGUGAAGGAGGGCUCGGAGCUCACUCUCGAAUGCGCGGCCGAGGGUGGAAACCCACCGCCCAUCUUGGCGUGGGGCAUGACCUUGUCUCAAGCCACUUUGGACGGCCCGGAACAACCGCCAGACAACCUCACCGUGUUGCCCUCAACAUCCGGCAGGCGCAGCGGGGCUCACCUAAAGGUCUUGAGGGGACAUCACAAUGCCACCAUCGUUUGUGUCGCGCGCCACAUCACGCUGAUGAUACCGAUGAACGCCAGCAUCCUGCUCGACGUUCAAUAUACUCCAUCGUUCGCGAUAACGCGUUUACCUGGUUUUGGAAUUCCGAUCGUCGAGGGGAUGUCUGUCAGCCUGAAAUGCGAGGUAGACAGCAAUCCAGCCAGUACUCCAAUUUGGCAGCGCGACAAUGGACCGCCCCCCGUGGAGCAGAGCGAUGACGGAUGGUUGAACUUCACAAAAAUCACUCGGGCCGAGAGCGGCUGGUACAAGUGUUAUACGCGGCAUAUGCUCGGCAUUUUCACCAGCAUCGGAUAUUUUCUCAACGUUCGCUAUGAUCCAGAUAUGGAGACCGAGGCGGAAGCGCUGAACGGCGAGGCGACCGAUUCCCGGAGGAUGGAAGUGCAGAUCGGCGGUGCAGUGACCCUCGAGUGCGACGGCGGUUGCUGGGGCCACGGGCCCGGAAUGGACCCGGUGGGAGGGCCCGGGCCCCUCGCUCUCAGCCGGGUGGUGUACCAGGAAGCCGGGGAGUAUCGAUGCGUCGCGCCCGAUCGGAAAAUGCAGGACACGUGGCGGGCUCAGUUACCCUAUCACAUCAAGGUUACCGGGCCACCCAUGGUUCAUCCGCCGAGUCAAACUGUAACGGCAAACGAGGGCGAGCCCCUGGACAUCAUCGUCGAGUUCUGCGCCCGGCCGAGUUACACGAAGGUUCUCUGGGUAUCGGAGGAGCGAGUGUAUACGCCGGAUGCACCCUCCCGCGACGGGGUUCGAGCCCUCGCAAUUGAGGACGGCGGCACGGAGUCCUGUUACAGGACGACUCUGCGCUUCGAGACGAUUCAGUGGACCCACGCGGGAGAAUGGCUGCUGCUGGUCCGCUCGUCGGAAGGGAUCGCCGACGCUUCCGUUUUACUCAACGUGACGCACGCUUCCGGUUACAGCCAUGCCCACAUCCGUUCGGCGAGUAUCACGUACCUUCUGCUCUGUUUGACCCUGCAGGCGAUCCUGCGGGAGCACCGUCGCUGAGACGACCGCCCGGUGGAGAUUUAAGCGGAAGAAACUUUGGCAAAAUUCCUAGCGAUACGGAAAGCCCGUAAGUCAGCUUUCCCAGUGGCGAGAGGAAGCUUCUCUGUAUAUUCUCCGAAGGAAUGUCCCCCCGCGCGAUUCUCGCGUCAACGAGAAGACGCACACAAUACGCCCGACAUGCCGCGACGCGACACUCGCGUGUCUACGGCAUUACGCGAAUACAAUGAAACGAUGACGGAAGCUCCGGCGACGCGCCUUCGGCGCGGAUUAUUACGGCCUCGGUGUUUCUCGAAUCUCGUAACGGGUGUCCCUCUUGUUCUACUCCGGUACGCGAUUCCGGAAGACGCGUUUACGUUUAACGUACGAUCGCACGAAGGCGCGCCUCAGGCAAGCCUGCGCGCGUCCGCAACGAACGAGUGUGAUCGGGACGCACGAUUAAAAAUUGAAUUUCUCUGGCCUUAUGUGUGAGAAUAUAGUCGAGGGAAGGAAGAGAUCGCGCGGGCAAACGGGAUACGUAUUUAUAUAGAGUGAAAAUUUGUAAACUAUGAAUCUGCGCGCGCGAUACGACGCGCCAUACGACGUGUAUAUACUUGUAUAGGUAAUAAAUAAAUAAGCCGGUGUUUGCGAAUCGUGGAACGGCGUU